AUGGUUACAGGGACAGAGCAGGUGGUGGGACUCAGCCUCAUCAUCCUCACCUACCACACUGCCUGGAUGGCUCUCUUGCCCUUCAUUGACAGCUGGCAGGUUUUCCCCAAGCAUUUCCUGCCCCGAGCCUAUGCUGUUGCCAUCCCAGAAGUCGCAGGCCUCCUGCCACUACUGUUUGUGGGAGUGUUCAUCACCUAG